UGGCGCCAGCAGAGUCUGGCCGGCUCCGGGCAACCGGUUUACGGGCUCUGCGAGGCGGCCAGCUCCGCCGCGAGUGGCACCGAGGCCGGAGGCGCUGCCACGUGGAGCGCGGAGCCGACCUUCUGGCUUCCCGCGCUGCGGCCGGCAACUCGAGGCCCCCGGCUCGAGUCCCCCACCUUGUCCGGCCCCGCGACACGGACUCGGCCGCGGCCGCUGCGGCCUCCACUUCAGCCGUCGCCGCAGCCGCAGCCGCAGCCGCAGCCGCAGCCGCCGGCGUCGAGCGGCGUCGGCCUGGCUCGUCUGGCGUCCGAGUCCGGCUUGUCCCGCGCGGACUCGAGCUAUUGGCUCGUGAGUCCGCCGUUCCGGCAGGCCGACGCGCUCAGCCUCCACGUCGAGGUGCACUUCAGCAUGCGCCGAUGCCCGCGACUGCGGCACAGCUCGGCCCUUGCGACGGACGCACGAGAAGAGGGCGCCACGCGUCGAGCAUGUCACGAAGACUUCGACGUGUUCUUGGAGGCGUCGUCAGAGCCGAGAGAGCAUCGACUCAACAAGGACCACUUCCUCGAGGAUCUGGACUUUUCGGUGAGUCGAGUGCUACCACGUUUUCCAGUUUAA